GAGAGGAGCUCAGGCUGCCAUCAGUCUCUGCUCCAGGAGCUGCAGGUAUUGCUCGGCGGCAGCGGCAGCAUGGCUUCGUCUCACGGGAGAAGUGACAUGCGCUUCGCGGACUGGAUGGCGAGUCUCCCGCAGAGCAUGCACACGAUCCCCCUCACCAACUUGGCCAUCCCCGGUUCCCAUGACUCCUUCAGCUUUUACAUCGACGAAGCUUCUCCGGUGGGUCCCGAGCAGCCAGAGACCGUCCAGAACUUUGUGUCCGUGUUCGGGACUGUUGCCAAAAAGCUAAUGAGGAAAUGGCUAGCCACGCAGACGAUGAACUUCAACAGUCAGCUUGAGGCGGGAAUCCGUUUCUUUGACCUGCGCAUCUCCACCAAACCCAGGGAUCCUGACAACGAGCUCUUCUUCGCCCACGGACUCUUCAGUGCAACGGUCAGAGAAGGCCUGGAGCAGAUCAGUAACUUCCUGUCGUCUCACGCCAGAGAGGUGAUCUUCCUGGACUUUAACCACUUCUACGGAGUCCAGAAUCUGCACCAUGAGAAGCUGGUGGCCAUGUUGAAGGAGGUUUUUGGAGACAAGCUGUGUCCAGUGGUCUUCGCUCAGGAGGUGACCCUCCAGUAUCUCUGGGAGAAGGAGUUCCAGGUCCUGGUCUUCUACCACCACCCCAUGGCUCUGGAGGUGCCCUUCCUGUGGCCGGGACAGAUGAUGCCAGCGCCGUGGGCCAACACCACCGACCCAGAGAAGCUGGUCCAGUUCCUGCAGGCUUCAGUCACGGACCGCAGGAGGAAGGGGACUUUCUUCGUGUCCCAGGUGGUUCUGACCCCAAAGGCCAGCACAGUGAUGAAGGGCGUGGCCAGUGGACUGAGAGAGACAAUCACGGAGCGAGCUUUGCCUGGAAUGAUGCAGUGGAUCAGAUCACAGAGACCCGGGGAGAGCGGCAUCAACAUCAUCACAGCCGACUUCGUGGAGCUCGGCGAGUUCAUCAGCGCCGUCAUCACCCUCAACUAUCACCUGGACGAAGACGACGACGACGCCACCUGAGAGCGUGCGGCGGUGUCUCUGAAGGGUUCUGGUCUGUGGUUCUUUCAUACCUGCAUUUCUUUCAAGAAGGAGAGCAACGUUGCUCCUGUCUCUUUAUUUCGGGCUCUGGUGGAACGAGAAAUCAACUUUUCUUUUAGUUUUUUAGAAGAUAUGUUCCGGUUUGCAGCGUUGGUGCACUGAGAAUGAGGUUUUUUUUUUUUGAGGUUUUAUAUUUUUGGGACCAAAUGUUUCUGCUCGGCCACGCAAAUGCUUCUUUUGUCCGCCGCAUGUUCUCGAGCCGCUAAAUGUGACGUUGCACUAUUGUUUCCAAUCGAUCCCUGUCCUGUUCGACUCGAGAGGCUUCACGAUAAUCUUUAAGAUAUGCACCUCCAGCACCUAAAAAAACAAUCUUCUGCUAAUAGUUUCUGUCCGAGUCAGCGGGCAGCGCUGUCAUUGAUCCCUCACGUGUACAGAUGUGUCUGUGGUGGAUCAAUAUUUCUUCCCAGAACAUGUAAAGACCAGGGCUGCUCAUAAAGCAUGAUCAGAAAGUGUGUGAGCACAGGAGUCACACAUGAGCUGUUUUAUUUUUUGUUGUUUUUGCUCAUACUUGCUCCGUCAAUAUAUAUUACAAGCCUUUAUCCCGCAUUAAAUAAGAGUAUGAUUAUUGAUUUUAAUGUUGUCUGUGUGUAUCUUUAAUGCCAAGAUGCUUUUUGUUGUGCUUCUCUCCUUCCGCUUCCACUGGCUACUGUUCCAUCAUCCUCCCUUUUGCCUUUCUGUUACACUCUCACCACUUGUCUUAAACACAUGACAGUGCUACGGCGACAAGUUAUCCUGAAAUACUAAGCAGAUGCUUAUUUCAUGUUGAAUUCCUACAAAAUUAAUCCUUUUUCAGAUGAAGGCCGAGGUUCCGUGGGCUGAAUACGGUACCUCCUGUCGUCUGACUCUGCCUGCUGAAGUUUGAAAUUCCACGUUUCAGGAGUUAAAAUGUAGAUUAAGUUCACUUGUGGAUUGGCCACUAACCACCCAGAUCCAUCAGGAAGAGAUUUUACAUGUCCAGCUUCAGUGCAGAAGGAAGACAGUUUAGUGAGAGUGAUGUCCGUAUGGGAACGUGUUGGUGGUGACGGAGGGUCAAGUCAAACAGGAUGUAAUUCAAGUUUCACUCGGGGAUACGAACAGUGGUUACGUUUGCCAUGGAACACAUUGUAGUGAAAGCUCACUGCCUCUUGUUUGUGCCAUACUUUUCACUUGAAGUCAGCCCUCAGCAUGGCUCCCAAGAAGGUGGAACUGGAUAGCAUCAUCCGAUAUCAGCUGGAAUGAUGAGGAAACUAGUCGCUAAAUAUGAGGACAGUGUUUGUUCUAUAGUUGACAGAACGCUGUUCGUCGUCUCAAAUUAUUUUUGCUCAAUUUCUACAAGGUGACCUGCGUAGCCAGCUGUUUAUUUUGACUUGAUUGAUAAUGCAGUUUAAAUGAGAAAAAAAAUUGGGCCUCGUAGCCAGAGGUGGAAAUAGAGCUUUUGGCUGAGCGCCAGAAAAACAAAACAAAACUGUUGAUGCUUUCUGUUUAGUUCCGUAUAUAUCUGUUAUGUAUCCCCAUAUUAUACUAACACUGCGCACCUGACCUGUGUUCUAGAAUUUGGCCACCUGUGUGACUGAGCUUGGCACCUCUGCUUUAUUCCCAAAGGAUCAAUGAUGAAUUAGCAAUAUACAACUGAAGUGAAGUAUGCACGGAUGAGGAGUUCCGUAACACAUGCUGUCUAUUAUUCUGAGGAGAGGAGACAGUGAAAACAGAUGUGUUCAUCCGUCAUACAGAGAUCAAGGCAGGCGAAGAGGAGAGUGCAGACAGGGUGGAACAGGGCUGCCUCUCUGGGGGCAUCUUUGAUGGACGCUGGGGUGAAUGUGUGGUACGUUUUAGAGCGAGGUUCUCAUGAGGAGUGGCUAUGCAAACAAGUAUACAUGAAGAAUUAUUGAGAUACUGUUAUGGGGAUGUUUGAACACAGGGUGAACCAGUGUUGGACCAAGAAUGAUGUAGAUCCAGGUUGAGGUAGAAGAGGAUCAGGUAGGUCAUUGAGGACAUGAAGAGGGAAGAGGCCCAUUGAUCCCCCCUUACGUACGAAAUUGUACCAGUCCAUUUUAAAUAAUGUUACCAUCACUGAUCACAUGCUUCCAUGCAUUAUUUACUUUGGUAUUGCGGUUCAGCAAUAUAUCCACCAGGGGGAGCAGCUUAGAGUCAAAACUUUGUAACGACAAACUCCAAAACAAACAUGGCAACCGUGUAUUGAUAACGUAUCUCUUACACAAAAGACCAACGCAAAGGCAGCAUUGUAGGAGGCGGAGGUCAGGGAGACUGUUAAAUGUACCGCAGGACAAAGAAUUACCGCCAUUUUGUAUGUCUUCUUUGUGUCUCAUUCGAGCUACGUAUCGGGUAGCAACAGCAACACUGCCCCUUGUGGUUUCCGGUGGUACUGCUCCAUUUGGUCCGUAUCUGUAAGCUCAGUGGAAACGUGUAGGAAUACGGAUGAAAUGAUCGCAGCGCACGGACAGACGGCUCUGCAUAAAUGGGUCUUAAGGAGGACAGUGAAGAUUGGUGGGUGACGAAGAAUUGUGCCACUAACAAAUGAGCAGGUAAUGAAUGCUCUAAGUCUUACCACCAGAACAAACGGGUGUAAGUCACUGUCGGCGCUCAGAACCCAGAGACUUUGCUGCUGGAGUGCGUCUGUUAGUAGGUGCUGAGUCGUGAGAGCCAAGUCUAUAUAUACACACAUAUAUCUGGUAACAAGAGACAACCCGCUGUCUGUUCAUCCUCUGCUGAGAACUUGCCCUCCAAUGGACCUCGAGUUACUGCUGCUCUGCACAUGGGAUGACUCAUCAUUAAAAGAUGGCUCAUGUCAGUUUGGAUUUCAUAAUCACACUUAUGUUUUAUUUAUCGAGUCAAGAUAUAUAGUCGAGGAGUCGAGAGGCGAGAAAUGUUUAUCGUCUAAGCGCGCAAAUCAUUUUUGGGGGGGUGUUGAAGGGCAUUGCGGUAAACAAAAUCUAAUUUUAUACCCGAAACGCUGUUUUUAUUUCACACUUGUGCACGUUGCCCACGCCUGUGAGGAGUGUGGUCUUUUCCUGUCGAGAAUGUACGGCCGUCUGGUGGUGUCAGCUUCAACGGGAAGCUUUUGUGAAUGUAUGCGUCUUGUGUUCGUCUUCUGUGAUGGAGCAACUGAGUUUUGGUUUAAUAGCUGUUUUCUUUCCUGUGUCACAAUAUGGUGGAGAGUUUGUACAUAACUGCCGAUGAAUUGUAAAGUCACCUCGCAGGGUUGUCGAUCGACUUCAACGUUCGACUGGACGGCAACUGUUCUUUCUUUCUUAUAAGCAUGGGUGGACACCUUUUUUUUAUUCUUCCAGUGUGUGUUGCAUCACGGAAAUCAGAUCAGGAGUGAGACUUCUGACACUGUUGUUCUGUCUUCUCUGGUCCGACUGUUGAUUCUUUCUGAGUCUCUAUCGCUGUUGUAAGGUUCCAACGUUAAUGAUGAUGACACUGUUUUAAAUAAAGCUUCU